UUAAGUAUGGAUUUUGUACAAGUAGUCGAAGAAGAUGGAGAAGAGCCAAUAGAAUUGCCCAUAGAGCCAGAUAAGAACUUGCUGUUGUCAACAUUGCAGUCAACUUUUCCGGGAGCAAGUGGUCUGAAAUAUCUCAAUGAAGAGACCAAAUGUUUUCGUGGGAUUCGAUUAAAUGACGGCAAAUUAUAUCCACCAAGCGAAAGUGGCUGGGGCAAUCAUGUCUAUCAUUGUGUCUUUCCCAAAGAAAACAAACGAAAGAGUGAUGACCAAUUGGAAAACUCCACAGCCAAAACCAAGCGCAUGGAGUCACGGGCACGCUGUACUGAUUUAAUUGUCUUGGGUCUACCCUGGAAGACCACAGAAGAAAGUCUGCGUGCCUAUUUCGAGACAUUUGGUGAGGUACUUAUGGCUCAAAUCAAAAAGGAUGUACAUUCGGGGCAAUCAAAAGGUUUUGGCUUUGUACGAUUUGGUUCGUAUGAUGUACAGGCCAGAGUGUUGUCUAACCGGCAUUCAAUCGAUGGUCGUUGGUGUGAGGUGAAAGUUCCAAAUUCGAAGGGUGCCCCUAAUCAAAUACCAUGUAAAGUAUUUGUUGGCCGUUGUACAGAGGAUAUUACUGCCGAGGACUUGAAAGAGUAUUUUUCCAAAUUUGGUGAAGUGACAGAUGUAUUUAUUCCUAGGCCAUUCAGAGCAUUUAGCUUUGUAACAUUUCUUGACCCAGAAGUGGCGGCAUCUUUGUGUGGAGAGGAUCACAUUGUAAAAGGAGUUUCAUUACAUGUUUCAAGCGCUGCCCCAAAAUAUGAACAUCACCGUAACUCCUAUCACAAUUCAAACAGUGGUGGUAGAAAUUCUCAUCAUAACGCCCACAACGACAACACUCACGGAGGCCUGUUUAAAUCGAAAGGUCCAGGAAUGCAUAACAGUGGUGGCGGUGGUGGUGGAGGCUGCAAUUAUUAUGCCAAUACAGCCCCCAAUGAAGGCGGCUCAACAAUGUUGGGUGCCAACAAUACAGGAGGUGUUCCUGUAAAUCGCGAAAAUACGUAUACACGUGGAAACAGAGGAAAUUACAUGAUGCCGCAACAGCCACCACCACCAGCAAACACAAAUAACACUAGCAGCAAUUUUAAUAGUAGUCAAAAUCGACCCUUGGACAUGCAUAUGCAGACAUUAGGUAUUAAUCCCCCUCCUGGUCCUAAUUCCAAUCAGAAUAUAGGAAUGGGCCUUAAUUUAAAUUCUCUGCCAAUGAAUACGGCCAUUCUGGCGGCAGCGUUAAAUCAGUUUGGCCUAUUGGGUAAUCCCGAACAGGUAAUGAAUGCCGUACAAAGAAAUUAUUGA